CCUGCCCGCCCGGGGCCAUGUCCACGGGCUCCGGGAGCGAGGCGGAGGAGCUGCCCGAGAUGGACUUGCGGGCGCUGCAACUGGACUACCCGCAGCCGCAGGCCAAGCGGCAGCCCCGCGGUGAGCUCUAUCCCUCGGGGGACAACUCCUCGGCGGCGGAGGAGGAGGAGGAGGAGGAAGAAGAGGAGGAGGAGGACGGCGAGGGCAGCUGUGCGGCGGGGCCGGCAGGCAGCGGCUGCAAGAGGAAGCGGGCGCGGGGCGGCGGCCCCGGGGGCAAGAAGGCGGCGUCGGGGCCGCGGGGGCCUCCACCCGAGGGGAAGCAGUCCCAGCGCAACGCGGCCAACGCGCGGGAGCGGGCGCGGAUGCGGGUGCUGAGCAAGGCGUUCUCCCGGCUGAAGACGAGCCUUCCCUGGGUGCCGCCCGACACCAAGCUCUCCAAGCUGGACACACUGCGCCUGGCGUCCAGCUACAUCGCCCACCUCCGGCAGCUCCUGCAGGAAGACCGCUACGAGAACGGCUACGUCCAUCCAGUCAACCUGACUUGGCCAUUUGUGGUUUCAGGAAGACCUGACUCUGAUACCAAAGAAGUUUCUACAGCCAGCAGAUUAUGUGGAACUACGGCAUAGUCAGAAUAAAUUGAGGAUUUUUAAUUGUUGUUGAUCUUUUUUAUGGGAUGGAUAUUUUUAAGAGCUGUGGUUUAUCGGCUCAGGACUAGACGAUGGGGACGAACCCCCAUCUCUAACAGUGUUAAAUCUGUGUCCCUUGUCAUUCCCAUGUGUCCCUUAGAGUUCUGAGGGAUGUUUAUUUAAAGCAGUAAAGAAGGGAGGGAGUUGGAAUUAGACUUUUUAUGGACUGACUGCAGCAGCUGAAGUCUGAGACUUGGCUUCAUCAUUCCUACAACUGCCUGGGGACCUGCUGUUCUGAGGCUUUUAAACUAAUGAAAGAGGAAUAUAAUGAUAUAGAAUUAACAGCAUGGACCAAAAUACAACUCUACAAACUAACCCCAAACAGUGUUAUUUGUAUUGUAAAUCAAAACAGUAUUUUAAAGUAGCUUUGAAACUCAGAUAGAUUUAUAAUAUAUUUUGAUGGCCUUUGUAUUCACGGAUCUGGCUUACUGCAACUAUGCAAUAAGUACAGUCAUACUUCUUUUUUUUGGUCCCUUUAACCAGAAUUUUCUUAAAAGUGUGUAAAAGGCCACAUUCUGCAUUUAGGCUACCAUACAUUGGAAUUAAACUAAUUCCUUUGGUUAUGUCUUGAAGCGCCACAUGUAAGAAUGUGGGACUGUCACUAGAAUUGUGGCAGAGUUUCUGUACCUUAAUCUGGAAGGGAAUUUUGCUUACUGUAUGGCAAGGGUGCAUGUGUUGAAAAGAAUGAGUUUGUAUGAUGCUGCAAAAUAACAAGAAUUCACAAUAUUUUAAAUAUUUUUCCUGUAAUGUUAUGCUUAUCUUUGAAAAGUUUGCUCUCAAAUGAGUUAAAGUGUCACUUAUUAAUGGAUUCAAAUGUUGUAAUAAAAGAGGAUGCCAUCAAAUAAGUUGCAAAUGUAAAUAACUCUAUUUUUUUAUAAAUUACAUUAAAAGCUUGGUUACAAUGAAU